ACAUACCUUCUGUCCUCGACAACUUCUGGAUCAUCUCAGUGCGACUGCACUAUCCACUUCUGUUCUUGUGAUUUCUUUAUGAAAUUCUGUUUGCCUUGUCGACACAUCUUUGCUCUAAGGUCUGAACUUUGUCUGCCUCGCUAUCACUGUGGUAUUGAAUGCUUCAAAAGCACUGCUGUAAGUUCUUCUGUUAUCUCCUAUGACCACCACAACAUAACACAUGAAGUAUUGCCCGCAAGAAAAGCUAGCACUCCUGAAUCUCGUUAUCACAUUACGAAAGGAAUCACAAAGGCUAUUGGAUCUUUCUUUCCUCUAUUGGGAGAACAGGCUUUCCAAUAUGCGGUAUCUCACCUUGAAAGAGUUUUCACUCUAAUUAAAGCUGACCGCCCUGUAGCGGUUAUUGAUCUUUCAGAAGGAGACAUAAUUCUUCCAACUCAGCCGUUGUAUUCUGAACUCAAAACUUAA